AUGUUGCCACAGAAGCCGUCAUUUGUAAGAGCUCACCCAUCAAAAAGUUGUUCCCGCAAAGCAAAUUUGUCGGAUUCGGAGACUGUUGUUCGCCCUUCUAUUUUGCAUCGUCCUUAUUUUCCGACGCCUUCUAAUAAUCAGCAACGAAGUCGUUUACCUAUUAGUGUUCCGCAAACGCGAAAACCAAUCAUCAGCAAUAAAAGUGAAACAAUUUACGAGAGUGUCUCAAGUAGUCAUCAAAGUACGAAUUCUCACAUUUACGAGAUAAUUGGGUCAGAAAGGAAUGCGCGAACGUCAACGCGAGGCGAAAAACCAAAAGUUCCGCCAAGGAAUUCGAGUAUUACAGGUAAAAAGGUACGAGCGACAUUUCCUGUUCCUGAAGUACAGUUGCAAGAUCAGGCAAAAGCAGUUUUGGAACAAACAAUAACGAUGCCAAAUGUACUUCAACCGAAUGUUUUAAAAUAUUUUCAACAAAAGUUGUAUCAAAGUUUCGGCGCUGAUGGAAACGAAAUGAUGAUGAAAGAUAGUCGAGGAUUACUUUUUCCGUAUACGCACAAUAAUAACAACAAUAACGAAAGUCCUUCAAGUAUCUUUGGAGCAUUGAAUCCAAUUAGUGGCGAUGAAAAAAGGCAACAGCAAAUUGAUAUGAUGUUGGAAACGGCACAAUUUCUUGCAACGGCAGCCUAUUUGGAAAGAGCUGCACAAAAAGUAGCGUCAUCAAAGUCACGAACAAUGGAUGUGAAUGCAGGAGGUUAUUGCGGAGCGCUUCAAAGAGCUCCGCCAUCUGUGCCGCCUGCUCUUGCUCGACGAUUAGCAAACAGAGAGAAUUUGGGAUUCGGAAAGGUGAAAGUAAUGCUUCGUAUUUCAGACAAUCCGCCGGAAGAUCCGGAUAUCGCAAAUUACUUAAGUGUAGAUAAGAAGAAGCGUCAAGUAACGCUAACAGAUCCAACAACAACAAAUGGGCAAAUUGCGGGCGCACAAGAACGAGGACCAAUGGUAUCUGCACCAAAAAUAUUCGCAUUUGAUUCAUUAUUUACUGCCGAAGACAAUCAGAUCGACGUAUGUAGCUCCGCAUUAUCCGAAGUUAUUCCUGCCGUAUUAGAAGGUUCAGAUGGAUGCCUUCUCGCCUUAGGAUAUCCAAAUGCUGGACAAACCAAAACGAUGAUGGGAUCUACAGCUGAUUUGGGUGCAAUUCCGUGUGCAAUUGCGUGGUUAUACAAGGGAAUCAAUGAAAAACGACAAAAAACGGGAUCUCGAUUUUCCGUGAGAGUAAGUGCUUUGGGCGUCAAUGCAACAAAACCCGGAUCUGCGGCAAAGGAUCUAUUAGCUGCUCAUGCGACAGAAUCAGAUGAAUCCCCCGGCGUAUAUUUAAGAGAUGAUUUUUUGGGAGGACCCACAGAAUUACGUGCUCCAACUGCAGAAAGAGCUGCGUUAUUUCUCGAUGCUGCAUUAGUUGGAAGAGGACAAAGUCCAUACGAUCCAGCCUUGAUUUUCACAUUGCACGUUUAUCAAUAUAGUUUAGCAGGAAAAGGAGGAGUUGCGGGAGGCAGAAGUCGACUUCAUCUGAUAGAUUUUGGAGGUUGUUGCAAUCGAAGCGGAGGAUUGCCAUUGUCGGGAGUUGGAAAUGUGCUUUUAUCAAUUUUGAGUGGUCAAAGACAUCCGCCAAAUCGAGAUCAUCCAUUAACGCCUUUACUAAAAGACUGUUUGGCACCUCUUACAUGUCACGUAGCGAUUAUUGCACAUGUAGCUCAUUCACAGACACACACUGAUACACUAACAACAAUACAGUUAGCAACGAGAAUUCAUAGAAUGCGUAGAAGAAAACACAGGAACAUGCCUUUUGCAUCGGGAAAGAAUUUAGAUGUAAAUGGAGGUCAUCAAUCAGGAACGGGAUCUUCUGAGGGUCCUGAUCCAUCGAGUUCAGAUUUAUCUGCUGAUACAGUAAUAUAUGUAGGACCGAAUUGCGAUGAAACUGAUGGCGAACAUCCUCCUGUCUAUUUGCCGAGUUUGAAUUCAGGAGAUAAUCGCGGCGUUAUGAGCAAAGCUCUUCGAGGUUCUUUAGCAGAAAAACUCAACAAGUCUCCAAUUAAAAAAUUAACUCCUCCAAAAUCGCACAGUCCUGUUUUGAAUCAACAUCGAACGGAAUCUCCUAAACGACAUUUGUUGCCUCAACGAAGCAAUACGUGUCUCGAUAGUCCUCAACAUUUUCCUCGUUCGAUGAAACAAAAUCCAAAUCUUGGAAUCAGUAAAGCAUCAAAUAUCCCAACUCCAAAAGGAUCUCCUUUAAAACGUGCUCAACAAUAUCAACAACAGCAGCAGCAGCAACAAACACUUGCUUCAGAACAAUGGAUUGACGGACCAAGAGUAUCAAAAUCGAAAGUUGCUGAAGCGCGUCAUAUGCUGAGAGAAAUAAAUCAUGUGAAAAAUCACGAAACAUGGAUUGAUGGUCCAAAAACAAUAGCUCCCUUAUUACAAGGAGGUCUUCCGAACUCAGCAAGUUCGCAAGGAUAUGGAUUUAUGGAUAGUCACAAAAAAUCGAUGAUACGACAAUGGGUUGAAAAUCAAUCGUCUCAACUAAUGUUGCCAAAUCAAACUCAAAUAACGAUACAACAACAAAGGCAAAUUAUCACAGCGCUUCAACAAGGCUUCAGCGGUAGUCAAGUUAUGACAGCUGUAACGAGUAUGACGGCAAUGAAUAGUCGAAAUGUGAUGACAAACGACGAUAUAGCUUCUGUUCAUUCACGAAGUUGUGAAGAAUUGGUUAAUCCAUUAUUGCAACGAGGAUUUGCGAAUGCACAAACAGGCCCAAUGAGUUCUGAAAGUGCAAUUCGAACAGGAUUGAAACAAAUGGUAGAUCAACACAGUAACACAAGUGUUCACGAUGGAUUGUCUGACAAAUCAUGCGGCGUAAUGCGCGAUGCUCAACAAGAAGAAGAAGAUCAAGAUAGCGGGCCAUCUGAAGUUCCUCCUGCAUUGCCAUUAAUGGAGCCUUUAGGCUCUCGAGAAAUUUCGCAUGAAAGUUUAAUGGAAAUUGUAUCAAGACACAUGUCAAGGGAAAGUCUCGCUAUGAGUCAACAAAAUGUCGAAGUAAUCGAUUGCGGAUUGCAAGUUACAGAAGAAGACAUUUUGAGAACGAUGGGAAGCGAUCAUCCUUUGAGCGCUUUAAGUCAAGGAGAUAUGUCAGUUGUUUCAAGUUUAAAUCACGGAGAUGCAUUUAGUGAAUGUAUUUUAGGAAAUGCAGCAAGACGUCAACUUGACGAUUUAGCGCGUCUUCGAGAGUUAUUCACAUCUCAAUUAGAGAUGGCAGAAGUAACUCCUUCAUUCCGUCUUAACGAUGCUGGAAGCAUAUACAGCGAGCCCCCAUACAAAUACGGCGCUUCAAGUGUUUGUAGCGAACCAGCAUAUCGCCCUCCAAGUCAAUCUUCGAAUCGAUGUCGUGAUUGUCACAAUUCUAUAAGUCGUACUCCGUCGCAAACUUCUUUGCCAAGUUUGAAUGGUAUCGUUGCAAUUGCGCGCAUGGAAAAUUAUGCUUCUUUAAGACAUCCGGAUGGCGCAUCAGAUCCAAAUUUACAGAAAAUCGAAAGUAAAAUCGAUGAAACGCUAAAUAGACAUCUUGUGGAAAAUCCUUUAGCUGACAUCGAUGAAAAACUAAUAUUACAACAUUUUAAAACACCCAAAUCGCCAACAUUAUUGCAAAAAUUACCGUUAUUGCCCGUUAGUACGCCCGAAACGUAUGACAGUGAACAAGAUUCAACGCCUCGUACUUCCAAACAUUCCGAAAUCUCGAGACGAGCUGAAAGCGGAUAUCACAGCGUUGGAACUGUUCGAGACAGCGACGGAAGUUCAUUCAGUUCGGGCGGAAAAGUCAUUCAAGAAUUGCCAUCCAUUAAAGAUAGUCCCGUCAAAUCGCAUUCAUCGAGCAGAUCGAAGCGACAAAACAAAGAAAAGUCAUUAUGUACAUGGCUUCGGAAUCCAUUUACAUGUACUGAAGGUGAGAUUAGUGAUUUUUAAGUAUAUACACAUUCUCUCAAAACACUAACAACCACCGAAAGCUCCUCAAAAUCUAACCAAACAUAUAAAUAAUACAUAGAGAAAAUAUAUUUGUACAUAACAUUUCAAAC